UAAAAUUCAAAUCUAUCACGAACAAUCUAGAGUCCGCCAAUAGCAGUAUAUAAUCCGUCGGCGAAGUUUACUGUGUCAGUUAUAUCAUUUGCCAAGUUACGUUUUAUUCAGUAAAAGGCGAAGUACAAUUUGAAAAGUACCUAAAAGUUGAUUAGUGCAAGUGUUCGACAUUUAUUUCGAAUCAUUGAAACGUGAUGUCUUUACUACCAUAUUUGAUUUUUGACGAACCCGACAUGUGGAGACCCCGCCAAAGAAAUUUGGGGAUCCUGACAGAUGACGAUUUUUUCCGCCCUCUGCCCAUUUCCAGAUCGAUGCUGCAGUAUCCAGAUUACUUGAGAGAUUUGAGAAAUCUCAGUGCCGCCCUUCAACAAGACGCCGGAUCGUCGGUUAGUUUCGACAAGGACAAAUUCCAAGCAAACUUUGAUGUUCAACAUUUCAAACCCGAAGAAAUUUCAGUAAAGGUUACUGGGGAUAACACCAUCACGAUUGAGGCUAAACACGAGGAAAAGCAAGAUGAGCAUGGCCAAAUUUAUAGACACUUCGUAAGAAAAUAUGUCCUUCCAAAGCAGUGCGACAUUGGACGUAUUGAAUCCAAACUUUCCUCUGAUGGUGUUUUGACCAUUACUGCUCCAACCACUGGUGAAAAGGUAGAACAUAGAUCCAUUCCGAUUUCGCAAACUGGUAAACCAGCUAAAUCUAUUGAGAAAAAGAAAAACAAGAUGGAGGUUGAUGAGAAGAAAUAAAGCAAGGCUGUAUAAUUAAAUGUAGAAUAAUCCACAUUUACUUUGAAAAGACUGUUUUGUGUAUUAUUUUCGCUAUUCAAUGUUUUCAAGUUAUGUUAAUUUUUUAUACAUUUUUUAA